UUCCAGCUGAAGAGGUAAAGGGAGUAAGAUCGUGAACCGUGAAAAAAAAAAUACAUUGCAAGCCUCGCUGCUAGAGCAACACGCUCGGGGUUUAAACCCGAUACGGACCAGAGGCGCUCCAAAUGGAAAACUGAAUCAUCAUCAUUAAUAUUAUUAUUAUUAUUACAUUUUUUUAACACUAACUGAACGCUGUUCCAAAGAGCAUUCAUUGUACCGGUUUCCUGGCGUGAUUUCUGCUUUUGUGCGUCUGAUUUAAGGAUUGCUGGAAAAAAAUAUAUUGUGACAUUUUGUUUGGGUGAAGAAGGAUCUGUUUUUUAUAUAUAUAUAUAACAAAAUUGUAACUUUUCACUGUCAAGUUUUUGUUUUUUUUUUGGCAAGUUUCGGUUUGAACGAUGGCACACUUUAUUUUAUCCGCGAUGAAUGGUUUUAUUUUGUGGAAAGCCUACACGUGCUGAAGAAGAGAACCCUGUAAAGGAUAUUUGUUACUUCUGAGGCGGGUUUUGAAGGCGGUAGUGUGUGUUUUUUUGUAAUCUUUGCCUCAAAGCCCCAUUGCCUGGAAGUUGCUCUCUCGCCCUAUGACUCGGGGCACCUUGUCCGGCGGGGGGAGGUCUGGAGGCGAAUGCGUGUGUUCGGGCUGCGGGGUGAAGAUGAUGCCGUAUUUCUCAGACAAUGCUGUUAUAUCACAAAACACCAUCAAUCAGCUUAUCAGCGAAAACUUCCUCACUGUGAAAGGGGCUGCCCUCUUCCUUCCCAGAGGAAAUGGCUCCCCGGGUCCCAGAGUCUCCCAGCGACACAACAAGCAUGCAGGUGACCUCCAGCAGCACUUGCAGGCCAUGUUUACAUUGCUGCGGCCUGAAGACAACAUCAGACUGGCUGUCCGGCUGGAAAGUGCUUUCCAGAGCUGCAUGCGCUACAUUGUGGUCGUUUCAACCAAUGGCAGGCAGGACACGGAGGAGAGCAUCGUCCUGGGAAUGGACUUCAACACCAAAGACAGCAGCUCCUGCACUCUGGGUCUGGUUCUGCCGCUGUGGAGCGACACUCUCAUCCACCUGGACGGAGACGGGGGCUUCAGCGUCUCCACCGUGAACAGAGUUCAUGUCUUCAAGCCGGUGUCGGUCCAGGCCAUGUGGUCUUCGCUCCAGAGCUUGCACAAGGCGUGCGAAGUGGCUCGCUGCCACAACUACUACCCCGGCAGCCUCUUCCUCACCUGGAUCAGCUACUACGAGAGCCGGGUGAGCUCGGACCAGGUGUGCAUCAACGAGUGGAACGCCAUGCAGGACGUGCAGUCCCACCGCGCCGACUCCCCUGUGCUCUUCACUGACGUCCCCACGGAGAGGGAGCGUACAGAGAGGCUCAUCAAAACCAAACUGCGAGAGAUCAUGAUGCAGAAAGACCUGGAGAACAUCACGUCAAAGGAGAUCCGGACAGAGCUGGAGAUGCAGAUGGUGUGUAACCUGCGGGAAUUCAAGGAGUACAUUGACAACGAGAUGAUCGUGAUCCUGGGGCAGAUGGACAGCCCCACGGAGAUAUUUGAACACGUCUUUCUGGGCUCCGAGUGGAACGCCUCCAACCUAGAGGACCUGCAGAACCGAGGGAUUCGCUACAUCCUGAACGUGACUCGGGAGAUCGAUAAUUUCUUCCCGGGAGUGUUUGAGUAUCACAACAUCCGCGUCUACGAUGAGGAGGCUACAGACCUGCUGGCGUACUGGAACGACACCUUCAAAUUCAUCUCCAAGGCGAAGAAGGCUGGCUCCAAGUGCCUGGUGCACUGCAAGAUGGGAGUGAGCCGCUCUGCCUCCACGGUCAUUGCCUACGCCAUGAAGGAGUACGGCUGGAACCUGGAGCGCGCGCACAGCUUCGUGAAGGACCGCCGCACCGUCACCAACCCCAACCCCUCCUUCAUGAGGCAGCUGGAGGAGUACCAGGGCAUCCUGCUGGCCAGCAAACAGAGACACAACAAGCUGUGGCGUUCCCACUCGGAGAGCGACCUCUCGGGCCACCACGAGCCUGACUCCUCCUCUAAGCCCCCCCUCAACCUGAACUUCACCAGGAAGGACUCGGACAACAACAAUUCCCCCCUGGGGCAAUUCCUGGGCAUGGCCGUGCUGCAGGUGCUCACCACAGAGCCGGAGGAGGAGGAGGACGAGCUGGAGGAAGAGGAAGAGGACGAUGAGGAGGAGGAGGAGGAGGAGGAGGAGGGUCUGCAGCUCGAGUUCCAGCCCUGCCCAGACCCGAGCGCUGGAGAGCCGGCCUCGGAGAGUGUGUUGGGACCCUGCGGAGGUGAGGAGCCUGGACCUGACUCCCCGCUCCUGGACUGUCCCCCAGUGCUGAUUGAACUCAAAGAGACAGCGCUUGCCGAUUCGGAGGAGGAUGCUCUCGGGGCAGAGCAGAGCCCUGCGUCUUCCCUAAGCGGGGCGACUGAUCCAGUGAGUUUGGACCCCCUGGAGCAGGAGACAGGCUGCCUGGAGACCGCGCAGCAUCCAAAUAACAAUAAUAAUCCCGGGGAGUCUCCCUCCCCCUCCCCCUCCCCGUCCCCUGCCCUCUCAAGCCUCAGCACGGACAGCAUCGACUUCUUCAGCGCGCGUGAGAAGUUCCUGGAGCUCUCGCAGGACGGGCGGGCGCGCUCCCUCUCUCAGUCCCGCACGGAGGAGCAGGCAGCUGGGAGGACGCCUCACCCCUCCUCGUCUUCCUCCUCUUCAUCCAGGGGUCCUAGUCAGGAGCUGCUGUCCGCAGAGGAAUGCGCUGCCGUCCCAGCUGAGGAGCCAGUGAAGGAGCAGCCUGCAGAUGUGAGCAGCCCCCUCGCCAGGUCACAGUCCGAGAACGGGAUUUCGGUGAAAGACAUAGUGACGGAGCUGGAGUCCAUCAACCAGGGCUGUGCGCAGUGCAGGACUGACCCUGCCGCUCCGACCCCAGCCCCAGCCCCCCUCAAGAGGAACACCAUCCACGACCUGCCGGGGGAGUCUGCAAAACCCCCCAGAGGAGAGGAGGAGGAGGAGGGUCAGAUACUGGGGACGAGUCUGCAGAGAGACCCUGAAACAGAGAACCUGCCCUGGCCAGGGGAAGCAGCCCGGGAGGGUUCUGUUCCCAAGACCGGGUCAGUGAAGCGGGUCACCAAGGAGCUGGAGCAGAGGCUGCGUCAUGAGCAGGACCUGACCCUGCUGACUCAGAAGAACUCCCGCCAUGAUGAGCCCCCCUCCAUUGAGAUCUCGGGGCCUCCUUAUGAACCCGGGGACUGUGAACCGGCUCCACAGGAGAAUCAGCCAGCGAUCCAGACUGAAGGCUCCUCUGAAGCCCCUGGCCUGCAGGGUGGGGUGCGCUGCAAGACUUCUGUGGGUGAGCCCGCGGAGCCUGCAGGGGACAACGAGGGUUCCCCCGUUUCGGAGACCCCCAGCACUGGCACUCUGCUCCCGGACCUGCUUUCCACUCCCAGGAUCAGGAUUGUUAAAAUUACGGAGCUCGUUCCCAUCCCGACCCCUCGCCCCACGAGCCCGGCCACGUGGAACACCCAGGCAGGGCAGUGCAACCAGGCAGCUUCUCUGGAGGAGACGGGACACCCAUUGGAAGAGAGCAGUGUGGGGGAAAAGAAGGAGGAUGAGGAGGAACAAAGUAAGGGCUUUGUCUUCCACCAGACUCUCCCUCAAGUGGGGCAGAGUGUGGGUCCCUGUGCCUGCCAUCUUCCCUCCCAGACCCCAGAUACCCAAAACACAGAGGACAGUUCCCCUUGCCUCUCAAGACUCCCUCCCUUCCCUAACCCUGGGAGCUCCCAGUCCUUUGUGCGGCUGGAGGGGGCGACGGUGCAGAGCAGUGAUACAGACAGCCUGAUGGGGGCGCUGCAGCUCGGAGGCUAUCCCAACCUCCAGCAGAGUACAGAGGAGCUGAACAAGAUCCAAGAGACUGUGCGUGAACUGCAAGCCUUCCUGGGCAAUUCCACCUCGCCCCGCUCCUCCUCUGGGGUUCUCCUGGGGGCCUGUGCCAGUCUGCCCCACAGCUCCAGCAGCAGCGUCAGCGUGGCGGAGCUGCCCCCAGGCGCGGUGAGGCAGCGUGCCCGGGAGAUCGAGGCCCUGAUCAGGCAGGCUGGCCUCACUACCCCCUCCCUCAUGAAGCGCUCUGCCUCCCUGGCCAAGCUGGGCUGCCUGGAGCUCUCUGCGGACGACCUGAGCGAGAGGGGCGCUGGGCUGGCAGCGGUGUGGAAGGUCACCUCUGUCUCCUGGGACCGCGGGUGGCGCAGAGGAACCCCAGAGGACCCUUUCAAGAAACUGCGAGUGUCCUCUCAGCCCAGCCAGCAGGGCGAGCCCACACCAUGCAUGAUGGAGCAGCUGAGGACCGAGGGGAGCGUAGCACUAAGCCGACCUGUGGAAUUCCCCGACGCUCAGUACGCCAAAACCUGCGGGGAGACCCAGGACUCUGAAAGCAGCCCCUCCCGGCUGUGCCAGGCCGGCACUGCGGAGGGCAUUCUCCCCUUGGUGCCCCGGCAGCAGCAUGGCAGGACUCAUCCGCUGCGCAGAGUGAGGAAGAACAACGAGAAGAAACGGACUGCCAGCUUCCUGUACAACACCAUGUGAGCGGGGCGCCACCUGCAGGAAGCUCUCAGACACUGCACUUUACAUGCUUGGUUUUUUUUUUUUUGUGUGUGUAUAUACUAUGUGUAUAUAUUGUGUGUGCGCGUGUAUAAAUAUUGUCAUUUUGUGGUUCUUAGGUUCUCGGAGAAAAUGUAACCUUGUAAAGUUGUUUUUUUUUCUUUCUUUUGUAUCCUGUACUUUUUUGGUUGUGACAUUUUUUUUUAUUACUGUUAUUUUUAUUAUUGUAAUGCAAACAUUUUGUUAAACUGUCAAACAACCUUGAACCCCUCUUUAUUAAAGAAGCACCUCCAGAAGCUUUGCCCUCUUCAAACACACAUGGUCUGAGAGCACCAGCGAGGCACAAUUAACAUCAGAGCCCUGGGCUGGGCUCCUCGCGUCAGGUUAUUACAGGUUCAUCUGCUCGACAUUUUUUUUUGCAAGGAUUCCUAGUGCUUUGCAUUUUUAAUCUGUAAAUUUUACUUUGUUUAUACAGAUGUUUUGCAACGCUUACCUUUUUGAAGUUCAAAUUGCUGGCUAGACCAUUGCAGAGCAUGUGCAAAAAAACAGCAGGGCAGAUGAACCAAUCAGAACGCUUGUGACUCCCGCGCAGUGCUUCAUAGCGCCUGCAGGGGUCAGCAAUCUACUUUUAGUGCUGUAGUGUGGGCAGGCCUCGCUGCAAUGCAAUGAAGACUUGGAAGUCUGACACAGCGCUACCUGCUGGCUGGCGCUGGUAGUGGUGUCUUCUUAAAUAGGGUUUUCUGUUCAGACGUGAACCUGGUCAUUACUUGAAUACCACAGUCUGCCUUGAAAGCCUCUCCCCCAUCCUUGUCAAACGAAGGGGGUCGGGGCUCAUGCAACAAUUUAAGAUGCAUUUUAUUUUAGUUUGAACUUUAUUUACAUCAGUGCUGCCUAUAGUCUUUGUUAAAGGUGCACCAGGCUUCAAGCGAAAAUGAGUUUUUAAUUUGAGGUGCAGUGGGGUAUUGCCUCGUCUUGUUUUUUGCUGCAUUUUUUUUAUAGGCUGUACAUACAGUAUUUGCAUAGCUUUGAUUUGAUAUAUUUUUUCUAUACACUUUACUGCAAUGUUAAAAACAAAGGCAAAUCUCUCUUUUUUUUUUUUUUUUUUUUUAACUGGAAAAAUAUUCAUAAUAAGAUUCUUUUGCUUCUGCUGAGAUGCCCAGAGUGGUUCGAGUUUAAAACAAGGCUAUCUUCCUUGGCCCUUUUAUUAAAUAAGAGGGUUCCUGAGGGACUGGAUGAACGCACAAGAAUUCAAUAACUGUACUGGAGACUUGAGCCGAUCUGUGCAAAAAUAAGAAAUCAAACCGUUGAAACAAUGUGCAUAUCAAGUAGGCAUGCAAGCUGAUUUCUGGUCUUGCAUCAAAUUAUUAUUAUUAUUAGUAUUAUUAUUAUUAUUAUUAAUGCACAAUUUUUAUACUGUGGGAUUAUUUGCAUUCUGCUUACGAGGAUUCUUCAUGUGAAAUCCCUUUAGAAAGGUGAAGCACAUGCUGUACAUUGAUCUGACCUGUUGCUCUACAAUACACUGUUUCCCUGGGGUCUGGCUCAUCUUUUCUGCUGUGAAAUGCCAAAUAACCUGUCAGCCCCCAGGUAAACCAAUGGACUGCUCCCUGUGAGUCCUUGGUCAAUGUGCCAAGUUUAGGGGCGAACCACCACUCGGCUAACAUGGGUGUGUUUCCCACUCACAAAUACAUGACUAAAACCUUCGGUUUCCUGCAUAAACAUUAACGAGCAAGACGUGCAGAAGUGAUGUUCCCAUCCCUACAGAAACUGGAUGCGUUUUAUUGUUUAGUUUGUAACGGGAGUGGACUUUGUCUGCAGAAUGUCCCUCGUUAGUAAAUAUGAAGGAACACAAUCGUCUGUGUUUUUUCUUUAACUUUGUAACCACUAGGGCUGCAAGAAGUCCCUCCUUCACAAAAAAAUAAUAAACCCAUCUGCAGUUCUGAACAAUCUCAAAGGACAUUUAUUAUCAUUGUUUUAAACAUGUGUGUAUAUAUAUAUAUGUGUGUGUGUAUAUAAAAGCAUUUUGAAGUGUUUUUUCCAUAAUCUGUGGUUUCCAAAUGUAUCGUUUACAAUGUGAAUAUUAAAGCUAUUCAGAAUGUUUUGAUUUGCCGAAGUUAGUCCUAUAAAACAUGUGCUUGUAUGUAUGACUGUAUGAGUUGUCCUGUGUGUGUGUGUGUCAGUGUUUUGCAAUGGAUAGCCUUGCUGGUCAGUCUUCACGGUUAGUGUGCAAAUGUGAAACUGAUGUUUUUUUAUUAGGAUGAUAAUGAUGAUGUCUUUAUUGGUUUUUACUGGACAAAACAAUUAUAAAUGUUCAAAGAAAGCAUGUGAUGGUGGUUAGUAAUUGCAUUUGAUAGUGGUGGUGUUUGUAUCGUGGUUCAGUCUCUUUGAGGUGUGCAGUAGGCUUUCCCAGUGUACCACGCCACGGUGGGUGGGGGUACACGAGGGAGGCUCUGCGCUUGGUGGUCAUGUGGCCACUCAGGUAUAUAAAAUAAUCACUGGCCAAAGUGGGUGUGAUGGUGGCUGUUUGUACGUAACACGUAAGCUGUGUGGCCACUUAUGACUAUUUCGUGGCAUCUAGUGAAUCUAUUUUUUUGCACCUAGACCUUAGAGCACCAUCUUUUUAUAGAAAUGUUAAGGAAGAAUGACCUCUUCCUCCUCCUCCUCCCCCUCCUCCUCCUCCUCCUGUUUUCACAGCCAUUCUCAGAGUUCCGUUCUCAGAGCUCCGUUUCACACCUUCACUCUGAAGCAUUCAUAUCUCUCUUGUUUUGCUGUGUGUUUUUCUUGCAAUGGUCCAGCCUACAUCCUUCUUUCGUUGCAUCGUGUUGACUUAAGAAACAGUCCUAUUCCCUCCAGCUUGUUAGAAAAACUUUUUAUUUUAUUUUUUUAUAUCCCAUGCCAGCCACAUGAAAUAAUGUAACAAUUAGUGGCUUCAAAUUACAAUAUUUUAUUUUAGUGUUCUUGUUUUAAAUGUCCCCUGGUCUCCCAUUUGCAGCAAUUCAGAGAGAUUCUUAUUCCAAUGUCUGUGCUUUAAGAUGGGCUGAAUUCAGCAUGUUUGUAUUGGCUCAUGUGCCACGUGUGUUUCAUACCAGUGAAAGUGCUUGUGCAGCUCUGCGUUGUUGCAACAAGACUCUUCCAUUCCUUGAUUCUAUCGUUUUGCGUCCCAGGCUCCCAUCAGUGCACACGGAUACUCCUGCUGGGAUCGGACAGUUCCCAACAGCACAUUUUCACAAUAAAAGCAGAACGGUCACUGGUAUAGAAAAAAUAAAAUAAAACGUUUGACCAUUUUGAGAUGCUCCGGCUUGGAGAAUGUGCUUCCAGUCUGGGAAGGUUCAGCAGCCAAUUCGAAUGUUUGAUUCUCUUUUCUGUGUAACGGAGCUCGGUGUUCGCAGCUUCGCUCUGCUGAUGUGCAGGUUCUUUUUCUUGCACAAAGCAAACCGGAAAAAAAAAACCUGUCAUGUUUGGCAAGCAUCAUGUUUUCAAUGUCUUUAUUUGAAUUGUCCUAUUUUUUUUGCUGAUGGCACUGCACAGUCUGUUUCUGUCACAGAUGCUCUCUGUGAGUUUGAAAUGUGAAGCUCUGCACUGGUGCGAAUUAAAUGUUUCUGGUACAUGUGGAAUAAAUCUUUAUUUUGGAGGAAUAUUA